GGUUACUUGGCAUUCUGGGACACAAACAGUGGUCGGUGUGAAGAGCUCGAGCAGCAGCGACAUCAGCGGCUUCCAACGCGGAGGGAAGGCGACGAGAGGAACAACAACACCCAAGCCCUGCGGAGAAACGGCGACCUGCGCUUUCACACCCGACUUCUGCGUCCCGUGUGUGGCUCUGUGUGUCCGGGAGAAGAGGGGGAAGAGGAGCUGGAGGCCAGCUUUAGUCUCUGAAAUGCAGCGGAGGACUUACUGCACACUGCGAGCUUGUUAGCUAACGACCGGAGUAAGUUAGCCUUGCAGUGAUUUAUGCUAGUGGGUUAUCGUUAGCAGGAUGGGGUGGUGUCAUCAAAGUUGAUGCUUUUGCACCACGUCUCGGUCCAAAAAAGUGUUGUGUUGAAUCGUCAGUGUCCCCACAACCCGUCUCUCUGCUGCCCUGACAGCUCCCUCCAUCCAUCGACUCUGCACUGUCCUGAAGCUGAGGGGUGGCAACUCUGAAUAUGGCGAGUGUUUCAGACAGAGACUACAAAACUGGCGCUUGUAAGUCGUUGGAGUGGUACGUUGCCCAGCUAGUGUACCCAAGAUAAACACUGUUAUAUUGGACAGUUUAUGUAAUGGCCAAGGAGAGUGGCGGAUUUCAUCUGUAUGUGUCACUACACAGUUGCUCUCAAAGUUGCAGAGCGAUGGGUUGCCACUGCUGAAGCCAUCCUCUUAAUCAUUCAUAAAUACUCGUCUCUGCUGGAGCUCAACAAUUUGACACUGCAAGACAUGGACUUGCGCUGGAUGUAAAGACCGUGAGAAACCCUCUUAACGUCACAGCUGUCUCCAGGUCGGACAGUUCAUCUGAGCCCUGCUGCUGGUCCCCAGAGCUCAUUUGAGGGCCAAUAUGUCAGUGUCAGGGGCCACGACCGUGCAGCUUUUCACCAAGCUCAUCAAGCAUGCGGUGGGCAAGGCGCAAAUUCAGCUGAACCGCUGGCUGCAGAGAACUGCCACGGAGGAGUGUGACAAAAUUGACAUCCUGAUAUGCAGCGCCUUUGACGAGAGAGGGGCUGGCAUAGGGAAGUCAGACGGAGACCCCGAGGUUAUCAGCGACACAGGGGGGACGACCUUUGCCAGUGGUGGAGAGUUUAGACACCCGUGCUGUAUCACCACCUUUUGCUUCAAGAGCGCCCUGCUGGCAUGCAUCCUGACUGCUGUGUGCUUCUCCUCGGUUGCCCUUGUGCGCCAAUACCUCAAGGACCUCCUGCUCUGGGUGGAGAGCUUGGACAGCCUCGUCGGAGCCUUGCUGUUUAUAGUUGGUUUGAUUAUUGUGUCAUUUCCAUGUGGAUGGGGAUAUAUUGUUCUUAACGUGGCAGCUGGCUACCUCUACGGCUUUGUGCUGGGCAUGGGACUAGUCAUGGUGGGAGUUUUAAUAGGGACCUUCGUGGCACACCUGGUGUGCAAACGCUUAUUGACUGACUGGGUUCUGAACAAAGUUGGGAACAGUGAACAGCUCAGUGCUGUCAUACGAGUGGUGGAGGGAGGAAGUGGACUCAAAGUUGUGGCCUUAGCGAGACUCACCCCCAUUCCUUUUGGGCUUCAAAAUGCAGUUUUCUCGAUCACAGACGUGUCCUUGCCAAACUACCUGGUGGCCUCCUCUGUGGGUCUGUUGCCCACCCAGCUUCUCAACUCCUACCUGGGCACCACGCUCCGCACCAUGGAGGAUGUCAUCGCUGAGCAGAGCAUCAGUGGCUACUUUGUGUUCAGCCUGCAGAUCGUCAUCAGCAUCGGCCUCAUGUUCUACGUCGUGCAUCGGGCUCAGGUAGAGCUCAAUGCAGCCAUCGCCGCCUGCCAGAUGGAGCUGAAGUCGUCACACAUGAACGGGUCCUCCACCAAUCACAGCAGCUUCACCUACUGCAGCAAGAGGGCGACAGCUGGCAGUGGAAACUGCAUUAAUGUGGUGUGACCUCAAAGUCACCAAAUGUGGUGGUGGUGGCUCCUAUGACUUAACUGAAACUGAACUGCAGAGCUAAAGGGAACCUGCUGAGUUCAGACAGAGCCUGAAACUUGUCGAUGGCGUGUUACGUCAUCACGCGUGUGAGGAAAAUCCCUGAAAACAUACAUCUUCAGUCGGUACAUUUUUUUUUUUAUAUGAGUGGGAUCACGCACCUGAUGAAAAUGGUUUUGUGGUUAAUCAUCGUGGGAGUAUUUUUUUGUUUUGUUGUUAUUUUCAUUAAGGUACUUCUUACCAUUUACUCUGUUACAGGAGAUGUCAAUGAAAUGAUGAUGUUUAGAAAUAUCAAAAGUGGCUGAAUGAAUGAGUGAGUGAUUUAAAAAAAACAGCUUGGCAUUAACUGCCUGCUAACACUAUGAAUGUGCAAUCUUGAGCUUUCUAGAGAACCAAGGAAUUGUUUUUCCAUUUCAGUGUCAAAAGAAUGCCAGCCUAUGCACCUUUAUCUCAUACUACAUCUGUUUAUCUUUAAUUUCAGGAAAUUUUAGGAUUUCUUUGUCUACAUCCAGUGCUAAUUUACGAUAUGAAUAAUAAGGGCAUUAUUAAUAUUUUUGAAAGAUUUUGGCUUUUUAGUCCGGUUCAUUUUUUAAGUGUCUUAUUUUUGGGACUAUGAAGUGAGGGGAGAAGCUCUCAGCGAGCACUACAGGCCCCUCUGACCGUGUGAUUUCUGCUGGCUCACGACCACAUCAGCCAAAUUGGCCUUGUCUGCCCGGAGAUCAUUUUAGCGCUUCUGCAGUUUUGAGAAGAGCAGCUGGAGAGAGGAGAGCAGAUUUCGCGGCAGGAAACUCAGGAAUGUUUCUGCCAGGAAAGUUGAAGUGGCAGCGUGAGCGACUCCUCUGUAGCAUAGCCACAUGUUCUGCUACAGGAAGAGUCCCUCACUGAACUGAAACUGAGAUGUCGAGCUUUCCUCUAAUUGUUUAUGAUUAAUUUGGUUUUACAUUAGCUCUUUUUUACAUUUUUUAUUUGGCUGUGAGAUUAUCCAUUAGGGUUAUAAUUACAUAGUUCUUGCUUAAGAUAAUAGUUUUGACAAUGCUGUGCAAUACAUCGGUGAUGAAAUGGCAUGAAUGUCAUAUUUCAGUGCUGAAACCAAACUAAUCAGAAAUGCUCUCAUGCAUACAAAAUAACUCAAACCUUAGUCUGUGUUUUUUUUUAGGUUUUACUUACAUUAUAGACGAGUAAGCUAGAUGAUAUAAAGAGGCCGUUAUUUUUUAUGUGCCAUAAUUUGAUAAAGCUGACCAGAUGCCAUGACACUGGCCCCACCUGAGCUGAGGCCACAUGUGACAUAUGACUUAACUUUAUUUUAUUACUUAAUGUUGGUAAUGAUAGAAAUUACCCGUGAACAUUUUUUUGUGUGUUUUAGCUCUUAAUAAUGCAUCAACAAAGCUCUCGUGCUGUAGGUUUGUUUGCACAGUCCACUACAACCGACAAACAUGAUUUUCAUACAGAUAAGUUAAACUGGAAAGGGGUUUGGUUGUUCAGGAGGUGAAGCGGAUGUGUCUCAGAAGCUGACAAUCAAACAACACGGACACUAAGUGAUGAAUGUGAUAAUACUUAUUAUUUUUAAAUGAAUUAUUGUGAUGCUGCUCCUCAGACAAAGUCUGAUUGAGGAAUAAUAAGGGCUCCUAUUUGAAAUCUCCAUCUUUAUGUCCCUGUAUUUGUUCACAAAAGCCUGUUGUAUUGCUGGCUCAACUUUUUGUCUUUUGCUUUAAUAUUGUGUACUUUUUUGUACUUUUUUUAGCCAGAUUCAAUGUUUGCCCAAACACAUUCCAUGCUGUCAGUCCUCUGAAACACUGUUGAGUUAUUUUCAUUCUAAAUGUUGGUUGAAAGGGCCCCUUCUUGUAUGAAUUUAGCAAUAAUGUUUGAAAGUCAAAAAAAAAAAAAAGAAAAAAAAAGAUAGAAGACCUACCAAUAAGAUCUUAAGCCAAGUGUUUGGGAAUUGCUGUUCCAGUGUUACAGAUUUGUUUGUGAGCGUUUAUUUUCCUUUCAAAGGUAAACAAAACAACUGCAUUUGAGUUGUCAGUCGAUCCAUGUUCCGCUGUAAGAUUGAGUAUCAACAUUCCCAGGUUUGUGUUACAGUGUUCAACCUGCCUUUUACCUCCUUCUGCCUCUGAUGGACAUUUCUGCUGUUGCCUAAGAUGUGGAAGAGACACAGCAACGUCUGUGAUCAGAACAGCUUGUUCAGCUUUGUUGCACUUUCUUUGGAGACUUUCCUUAAACCCUCCGAUCGCUUGUUGAUGUUUAGCGAUCGGCCUCUCACUCCUGUCACAUGAAAAUCUUCGAAAUCACACUUAAACAUUUUCCAGUGUCUUACUUGAAUUGAAAGUUUACGUAGAGAGAGAGAUGAGUAUGUUUUAUGGCUGCUGGCUUUAUCAAAUCUACUCACUACUCUCACUUUCUUACUUUUUAAAGGCAUGGAAACAAGUUUUUCUUUAGUUUUUGAUGAGAAAAUAUUGUAAAUACAAAAGGCUUUCACCUGACAGCAGUGUCUCUAUUUUCCAAAUAAAGUGUGAAUCGUGUAGCUGUUCUGCUCGGAAAUGGGAAAAGAAGUGGACGUUACGCCAUGUUUAAUGCAAAAAUUAAGUACAUAAAACUUGAUCGGCCAUUUCGGACACACUUCAUAAUAUUUUAGCCUCUCAACUGGGAUUUUGAAAAAGAGAUUGUGGUGAAAAAAAAAGAGCAGUUUUACAGCAAAGGCUUUGGUUUUUUCUAGGUGGGCUCUACUUAACUUAGAUUUAGUUAUGCAACAACUGAUUCCUAAGGGAAGUAUAUUUCAUAGAUACCCACACAAGACCUGGAUCUGGGAUGUAACUGCACACCUGAUCUGUCACAGAGGAGUACAGUGUGAGAUCGGUAACUUAAAGAGGCGAGCUAAGGGUCACGUUUGGUGCUAUGAAAUGCAAUACUUCCCCAUCUGUAUCAAGUGCAUUACACAUAUACUGUAUUUUGUAAUACAGAGAAUUUUACAGUGUAUAAAUAUUGAUAUUUAUCGCUGUAUGAUGCUUGUUCAGUGUUAUUUAUGAGAGAGAAAAUAAAAACCUGUCAGACUUUGUUAAAAAA